AUGGGUGGAUGUGUUUCCCUCCGAUCCUCUUCCGACGCCGCCGCCGACAGAGUUCAAGUUGUCCAUCUGAAUGGCCAUGUCCAACAUUUCCACAGCCCCAUCACCGCCCGUCAAGUCGCCAGAAAACCGCCCCCUCCGACUGAGUACUUCAUCUGCACGGCGGCGCAGCUGGUCUCCACCGCCGCCAGCCCGGCGCUGGACCCCGACGCCGUCCUGCAGCCGGGUAAAGUUUAUUUCAUUCUCCCCUUCUCCACUCUCCAUCCCGACGUUUCUCUGGCCGACUUGGCCUCCAUAGCCAGAAGGCUCACUGCCGCCGCGAAGUCCGCCGCAAAAUCGGGCAGUCUGCCGCCGUGUGAAACUGCGGAGGGUGGUGAAGAGUGGAAGUGUACGGCAGCGGGGAAAUCUAGGCAGUGGAGGCCGUUGUUGGACACAAUAAAGGAAAAGCCGGCGAAUAGUUGCGAGAGGAUUGAGUCAGAUUUGGAAAGAUAA